GCAGCUUAUCACAGCGAUUGCUACAUAUAUUAUUGUUUAUUCGGCCGGCUACUCCGAGCCCUAGCUCGCUCACACUUAUUUGUUACUUCGUUCCAGAAUUUAUUUAGUUCGCCGCGUGUCAGCUUGGCGACUUUGCUUCUCUGUUUUCUUAAACCUGGAUAACCCCAACGUCAUUUCCGUUUGUCCUAGCUGACGGAAAGUAAAGUAAUUGGGGAGUGGCGAGGACUGGGCAUAAAUAGUUUCUGCUUCUGUCGAUUCCGAUCUUGAUUCCGAAAUGGUGUCGGGAGGCCCCCUGACAGACGAGAAAAUCAGCGUGGAGGAAGAAUUUGAGAAGAGAAGAGGGACAAUCGUCAGCGUCGAAGAUGGAGUAGCACUGAAUGCCUCGGGACACAAGGAUCAAUUGAAGCGACAAUAUGGGCUUUUUGGAAUCUGCGGAUUGGCAUUAAACAUUGACAAUGCUUGGAUAGCACUGGGUGGUUCCGUGACAUUAGCAAUCGCAAACGGUGGGGCUCCAGGUGUUCUCUAUGAGCUCAUUGUCGCCUGUAGCUAUUACGGCGUUGUCGCAGCCUGCAUUGCUGAGUUAGCCUCAGCUAUACCAUCGGCUGGUGGUGUCUACCAUUAUGCCUCUGUCACACCUGGUCUAAACUACGGCCGCGUCUUCGGGUUCUUUGCUGGUUCUCUCAACUUCUUCGGAUGGCUGUUCGACUAUGCCGCGAUCACACAAAUUGUUGCAAACAUCUGUGUUCAGCUAUACCUCAUCUUCCAUCCAGACCUUGAGAUCCAGCCGUGGCAUACCUUUGUCGCAUAUGUCCUCAUUACUCUGCUUGUCGCCUCUGUAUGCAUCUUUGCUAAUCGGAGCAUUCCAACCCUCCAACAUAUUGGUCUGAUGUUGGUCGUCGUGGGAGGGUUGGUCACUGUUAUUGUGCUUGCUGCUAUGCCGAAAGUUCAUGCAAGCAACUCAUUCGUCUGGAAAGACUUCGAUAACAUCACCGGGUGGCCAGAUGGCGUGGCCUUCUUGACCGGAGUGUUGAAUGGUGCCUUCACAAUCGGGACCGUUGAUGCCAUCACACAUCUUGCGGAGGAAUUCCCGAACCCGAAGGUUGAUCUUCCUAAGGGUGUUGCGGCGCAAAUCAUCUUGGGAUUCUUGACCGCUUUCUGCUUCGCCAUCGCCCUCUUCUACUCCAUCAGCGACCUCGACGCUGUCAUCAACUCCAACGGCGCCUUCCCCCUCGCAGCCAUCUACUCUCAAGCCACUGGGAACAAAGGUGGAACCUUCGGCCUACUCUUCAUCGUCCUAUUAUCGCUUCUCAUCUGCCUCGUCGGCACCCUCCUAACUUGUAGCCGAAUUUGGUGGUCCCUCGCCCGUGACAACGCAACCCCCUUCCCACACUUCUUCUCCAAUGUCAACGAGAAGCUCAGUUGUCCGAUUCCUGCGGCUCUCCUUUGCUCCGUCAUCUCGAUCGGUCUCGGCGCAAUUACUCUAGGCAGCAAGACCGCAUUCACGGAUCUCGCGGGCUCUUUCAUCAUCCUCACCUCGACAUCGUACGCUCUCGCUAUCGGACCGAAUCUCUUCACGGGACGAAAGAACGUCCCUGCGGGUCCAUUCCACAUGGGUUCUGUAGGUUUCGUGAUGAAUGCUUUGGCGGUGCUAUUUAUCAUAUUCUUCAACAUUAUGUACUGUUUCCCCUUCGGCAUUCCUACAACCGUCUCAUCCAUGAACUACAACAGCGUUAUUCUCGUUGGCGUCACUGCUCUGACUACUAUAUGGUGGUUUAUUCAUGGUUCGAGGAAAUAUCCAGGUCCGCGAAUGCAGCAUAUGUUUUUGGAUGGUAUUGAGAAGUCAUAAAUUACGUUGCUUUGGUGGCGAUUGUGGGGUUGUUUGGAUUUUGGGAGGUGUGGUGCGGCGUCUAUCGAGAGUGGAUAGGUGAUAUACUAUGGGUGGCGUGUCUGCUGGGGGAUUCAAUAUACCCUACUUUGAGUUAAGAUACCUCAUUUGCUAAAACUUAAGAAUACACUCUCUCAACCCCAUAAACUGACUUGAUGCCGCAACGGUGCC